CACACCGUCUCCGCCUCCGUCACACUCACCAUUCCCCUCUACCUUUACUGUCUCCUUGUUCGUCCUCCUCCUCAUCGCUCGCCUUUUCUCUUCCCCCAAAGGAUUGCGACAUGGGCGCUAAAAGUUAGGCUGCUGGGCUUGUGGAGAGGAGGCCGAAGGUCGCCCAACUCAGCUCGGAAAGCGGUGUGCGCAAGGAUGAAGGAGGUGGCUAGGAAGCACAACACGGUUUCGCCAUGCGCAGCAUGCAAGCUCCUCAGGCGGCGGUGCACGCAGGAUUGCAUCUUUGCUCCUCACUUCCCUGCCGACGAGCCCCACAAGUUCGCCAACGUGCACAAGGUGUUCGGCGCCAGCAACGUCAGCAAGCUCUUGCAGGAGAUAGCAGUGCAGCACCGAGGAGACGCAGUGAGCAGCCUGGUGUACGAGGCCAACGCCCGGGUGCGCGACCCAGUGUACGGGUGCGUCGCCGCCAUCUCCACCCUCCAUCGCCAAAUCCAGGCACUCCAGGCGCAGCUGGCCAUGGCACAAGCACAAAUGGUGCACUUGCGGAUGAGCCACGCCGCCUCCCUCGCCCACGCUGGCCUUGGCCACAGCCCCAUGGGCGCAGGGAGCACCAGCACGGGCUCUUCCUCCAUGUCCCCCACUCACAACCAGCUGAUGGAGCCUGACACCGUCAAUGCCAAGCCAGUCUUCGCCCUGGACAUGGUGGUGCUGGACCAGACUAACCUGGGAUCAGAACCACCAAUUUGGUCAUUUUAGCACCAUCAGCCAGUGCUGUUCUCGUGUCUUAUAAAGAUAGCUUUUGAUAUCUAGAUGGCAAUAUUGCAGCUCUUUUUCUUUUGGAUACAGAAGCUGCAUGUGAUGCAGACAUCGUCUUAUAACAAGAAUUGAAGUGCUUGUGUGUAGAACUGUACUGUUGGUGUCAUUUACUCCCUAACAUAAUGUCUAUAAUUAUUCUGCUAUCA